AUGAACACGGAUCAUAUCCUACCCAAAAACCGCAGCAGCAUUGCAGCAGUUACGAGUCUACUAGCGGAGUCAAACUUCCUCCGGUGGUUUCAGUUUACCGAGAUGAAUUCUAAUGACAUUGCGAUUGGGCGCGAAUUCUUUGCGGGGUAUCGGUUCUUUAUAGGCCGACCAAGCGAUUCUUCUGACAAGAGCUCCUCGUCAUCUAAGGUCUCCAAAAAUCUGGAUGACUUCACGAUACAUGUUGUCGAUCCUACAAAAAAGAAUGGGGUUGUUGACACCGAGCCUUUUGAACCGGUGGGUAUUGAAACGAACAAAUCCACGCAGAUUACUCCGUAG